AUGGACCAGAAAACUAGAUUACUGACGCUGUCCAACUCGCUGGAGUUUCCUGACAAUGUCAAGUGUAUCGCGAUUAGUGAUAAACGUUUAAUCAAGGAGGGUGAACUUCGCGAAGUUGCUCUGGACGGUCGGAUGUCAGUCCUGCAAAAGCUUUCCUUGAGGAAACCCAAUUCCUACUACAUCAUUCUAUUUAACGAUAUGCUCUUGGUUACCAAACGCAAAAGGAAUGAUCGAUAUGUGGUGCUAGAUUACUGUGAACGUGCUGCAAUUCAAGCUGAUGUACAACAUCUAAGUGACCUGCAAAACAGAAGUCUUAACCCACAGUCAUGCAAUUUGCCUCAGCCCUUAUCAACGUGUCCUCUGGAUUCACCGUUCGGGCUUCCAAAUACCGAUCCCCCAGCAAACUCGACAGCCGUGAGAUUCAGUGAACAUCGACAGACCACUGAGCUUACCGGUGUAGGAGAGGAGCAUGAAGAUCUAUAUUCCCACCAGAACCACACUGAUAAACGAAUUUUGUCACGCUCUGGAAGCAGUCUUAGUGGGUAUCGGAUUCGAACACGAAUCAAGAGCAACAUUGGAUUCAACGUGCACCAGACAACAUCAUCAGACCAGGCGAAUACGAAAAUAAUCCACCUCAUUCUUACCGCCAGUCACAAUGGCACAUUCACAGAACUGAAUCUAUUGCCAAAAGACAGGUGGGAUUUAUUUUCUAUUUGGCAAUAA